CGAGGUGUAGGUAUAUCGUAUAGCCUGUGCAAGGCGACGAUUGUCUGCAAUGAACUGAAGCAUGGUGAAGCACACCUAGUUCGAAUAGUGAUACAAAAAUAAAUAUUGGUUAUGUCGUAAAACGCGUGAAAAACUCAAAUAAUACGAUGGUGUUAAGGUUUUUCAAUGUUACAAUUGUUUUCAUUGCCGUUUUGUGUUAUUUUCCCUGCUUUUCCCUCGGAAACCCGGAGUCAAGCGCCAAAGGGGUUGCCGAUUGUUCGCUGAGGCAGUUUACAUGUGCCAAUAAAAAAUGCAUACCAACUGCAUUUCUUUGUGAUGGAGAGAAUGAUUGCGAAGAUAACUCCGAUGAAAAUCCUGUUCAUUGCUCAAAUUCAACAUGUAGUAAAAACGAAUUUAAAUGUGGCAAUGGUCAUUGCAUACCAAGCCAUUGGCAAUGCGACAAUGAUAAAGACUGUAGUGAUAAUAGCGAUGAAGAUGAACACUUGUGCCAACUCAAAGUAUGUGGGCCAGAUGAAUUCACAUGCAGAUCAGCACCUGGAGAAUGCGUUCCUUUAACAUGGAUGUGUGAUGAUAAUGCCGACUGUUCAGAUCGGAGCGAUGAAAAAUCUUGCAAUGAGACUUGCCGAGCAGAUGAAUUUACAUGCAAGAAUGGCAAAUGCAUUCAGAAAAGAUGGGUUUGUGAUUCCGAUAAUGAUUGCGGAGAUAAUUCUGAUGAAACUGAAUGUCCAGAAGUGAGUUGUCCGCCUGAUGAAGAGUUCCAAUGUAGUGACCGGUACUGCGUACCCGCUAAGUGGAAAUGUGAUGGCGAAUAUGAUUGCAUAAAUGGACGAGAUGAGCAAGGAUGCCCACCUAGACCUCACCCAACAGUAUGCCUACCCUCGGAACAUGAGUGCAACGACCGAAUUACCUGCAUUCAUAAAGAUUGGCUUUGUGAUGGUACAAAUGACUGUCCAGAUGAAUCUGAUGAAGCACCAGCUCAUUGCGCUAAUAUUACUUGUCGCCCGGAUCAAUUUCAGUGCAACGAUAGAUCAUGUAUUCCGGGAGCUUUACUCUGUAAUGGCCGUCCGGAUUGUGCUGAUGGAAGUGAUGAACACGAGUGCGAUAGUGCAAGUAUCGGGGCUUCAAUCCCAAUAUGUGAUCCUACUACGCACUUUUCAUGUGGGCCUGGGGGUCCCUGUAUAACCCUUUCUCGUGUCUGUGAUGGCAAACCCGAUUGUUCGGCUUGGGAAGAUGAACCUCGAGGCAAAUGCGGUGUAAACGAAUGCAUUCACGAUAAUGGAGGCUGUGCUCAUCGCUGCGUAGAUACACCUGCAGGGUAUAGAUGUGACUGUCGUCCAGGAUUUUCCUUGGCAGCCGACAAUCAUACUUGCCGCGAUAUUGAUGAAUGCGAGAUUGAAGGAGCCUGUUCCCAAUCUUGCCAUAACGAUAAAGGAGGAUUUAAGUGCGAAUGUUUACCGGGAUAUGCCAGAGAUCCUAGAGAUCACACUCGAUGUAAGGCUGUGGAAGGCCACGCCUCAUUACUUUUCGCCAGGCGGCGAGACAUUAGAAAAAUUUCUUUGGAUCAUCAUGAGAUGACCAGUAUAGUAAACGAAACUAACUCUGCCACUGCGUUGGACUUUGUUUUUCGGACUGGUAUGAUAUUUUGGAGCGACGUUUCCGAUAAGAAAAUCUAUAAAGCACCUAUUGAUGAAGGCAACGCAAAGACAGUGGUGGUGUCAGAUGAAGUGACGACUUCCGAUGGAUUAGCAGUAGAUUGGGUAUACGAACACUUAUAUUGGACGGACACGGGUACCAAUACUAUUUCUUUGGCUAAUUUUGACGGCCAAAUGCGGAAGGUUUUGAUUCGAGAUAACCUGGAAGAGCCUCGCGCUAUUGCAGUCGAUCCUUUAGAAGGGUGGAUGUUUUGGACCGACUGGGGUCAAGAACCACGUAUUGAGAGAGCUGGUAUGGACGGAUCUCACCGACAGGCUAUUGUUACUUAUGAUGUUAAGUGGCCAAAUGGGCUCACUCUGGAUUUAGUUAAAAAGCGUCUUUACUGGGUAGAUGCUAAACUAAACACUAUCUCAGUGUGCAAUUGGGAUGGUAGCAACAGAAAACUAGUGCUAUUUUCUGCAAGCACCCUAAGACAUCCAUUUUCUAUCACUACUUUCGAAGAUUGGCUAUAUUGGACCGACUGGGAUAGAGCGGCAGUGUUUCGCGCCAACAAAUUUACUGGAAAGGAUCUUUCGCCGAUCACUGCAACAGAAAUGGUUCAGAAUCCAAUGGUAAUUCACGUAUAUCAUCCGUACCGUCAACCAGAUGCAGAAAACCAUUGCCAGCCAGUUAAUGGACACUGUUCGCACUUGUGUCUACCGGCUCCUCGGAUUAAACCGAGAGCACCCCCAAUUUCCUGCGCAUGUCCAGAGGGACUGCGCAUGCUCCCAGAUGGACUCACUUGCGUUCAAGACGAAUCUAUAACGACCAGUACACCAUCCCAGUCUGAGCCUUAUACACCGAGAGUUGGUUCCCUUCCAGCGAGGACAACUAAUCGCUCCAAAACUGGGACGGGCACUAGCACAUCAGAAUCGGCCGAUGAUGGUGGAGUGGCUUAUCUGACCAUUGUCAUAGCUUUAUUAGUUGUCGGCGUUAUGGCUAUUGGUGUCUGGUUUAUUUACCGUCAUCUGAUGCAUCGCAACGUAACAUCUAUGAACUUCGACAACCCAGUUUACAGGAAAACAACCGAAGAUCAAUUCUCACUAGAGAAGAACUACCCAACUGUACAAAGGCCGUAUUUGAGUACCGUUGGCGAAGAGGCCCAGCAACCACUUACCCUUGAUCAUGAUCCUGUUUAAUUGAAGACAUCCCGUUAAGGCUCAACACAUAAAACUAACCUAUGCUCAUUUCACUUUUGUGGACAAUUUCUAAGUAGAAUGUUCUCUUUAUAAGAGACUUUAAUAUACAUUCGACAAUUUAGAACAUUGUCAAGUAAAUGUUCGAAAAAUCGCAAUUCGAUAUUCGUUUUUGGAUAUAGUAUUUUAUUAUACUAUUUAUGGUGCUAUACGAUCGAACCAUUGAAGUCACUUUUAAGUUACUGGGCACUAAUUAUUUAAUAAAGGCAGAGUGGUAUUCAGGAGAACAAUAUUUAUUUAAAACGAUUAUUUAAAAUGUCCUGAAAAUUAUUAACUAGCAUAUAUUAAAUUUUUAUGGUGAAAACUUUUGAAAUUGUGAAAUUUUCAAAUUGUUAUAUAACAUCACACAAUGCUUUAAGUUUAAAUGUCCAUGUGAUCACUAUAUAGACCUACAAAAACAUACGGAUUUAACAUCAUUGUGCUAUAUUUCUAUUAAUAGUCCACUCACUACUUGUUGGGAAAUAAAUACAUACAUUUAUUUAACUAUUUAGGCAGGUUUUUAUAAAGCAAGGUAGCUAGAUGUAAGCCAUCCCAGUAAUCGUAGAUAUACAUGUUAGGAAAAAUAUUAUCUGCUAUAUGUUAUAUGAGUGGCAAUCUUCUGUGAUUAAUUAAUUUAUGUAUGUAUGUACAACUAAGAUAUUUUUUACUGUUUAGAUUGAUUUUUAAAUUAUUUUUAUUUAUAUUGUCUGUUCAACAGAUCAUUGAAAAUGCAAUAUAUGUAUUAAAAUUAUGAAAA